CUGUCAAUCAAUGGCUCUCUAAUGCAGGCACUCCCGCGCCAAAAUAUCCGCACAUCUGCUUGCAGCCCACAGCGGCAUGCAUGCACCUCCGUUGGUCCUGUCUUUUGCAGAUGUCAAGGCACAGCAGAGGAAAUAUGAUUCAGUUGACUGGUCGUCUGAUUUUUGGCUCACGCUACCGAAGCAUCAGACGAUGAUCCCGCACCCCGAUAUACUACUCAUAAACGGACAUGACAUAAAACACGAGGCUUCUGUAUCAAACUAGAAAGCCGCUAGAACCAGCGCUUCGUUACCGGGGCCUACGGAACAACGGUCUUGCCGUGAGCUUGGGAAAAUUAUAUGCUUCCUCUCCA